AUGCCAUCGCAAGCUACAAGACGUGGGACUAGCAACAAUACCUCCAAAGCCCGGGCCAAAUCUCGACCUAAGAUUUCCAGCUCCGAGGCCACGCCCGCUACAAAAGAUUGUGCAGCUGCCCAGAGCCAUCAAUGCGAACCUCCCAACGUAUCAUGUUCCUCCAGUCAACCAAGUCAAACUCCAAAGGCAUGCACGCCGAGUCCCACCGGCAAGAACGUUCUUUCACUACAAACCUCCAGCAUCCAGAAGAAGCAAGCUCCCUUCAGCGACCAUGUCAUCAUGCACACUGUUGAUCCUGACAAUGCGAUCGACUCCGACUCUAAGAGUGACCAUAUUGAUGAGAGCGCAAUUGACGACGAGGAUGACUCCUCCGACUGGGAGGACUCGAUUGAGGACAGUGGCAAGUCUAGCGUUGACGACAAGUACUUCCAGCGUGUUGACUCCAAGGUCAACCUCACCUCCCGGAGAUCCCUCAUCACCCUGAUGCUCACACAGACUGAAGACCGCGCAGAGGCCCUCAGCAACCAUGCUUCACAGUCAACAUCCGCUAUCCCACAGUCGCGCAAUCGCAAUGGGCCUGCCUUUGCUGUCUCUCCCAACGACUCUGACGAUGCUCCCCUCAUGAUGAAGGGUAACCGCCAGGCACCCCUGAAGCCUAUCCGGGAGAUUCCCCGAUCAAGCGCACAGCCUAUGCCUAUCGCAGAGACCCUCAGCAACCAUGCUUCCCAGCCAAUACUCGUUAUCCCACAGUCGCGCAAUCGCAAUGGGCCUGCCUUUGCUGUCUCUCCCAGCGACUCUGACGAUGCUCCCCUCAUGAUGAAGGGCAACCGCCAGGCACCCCUGAAGCCUAUCCGGGAGGUUCCCCGAUCAAGCGCACAGCCCAUCCCCACCGUCGCUCACGGCCAAGCUCAAGGCGCUCUCUCUCCUCGAACUACUCGUCGCAAUAUGCUUGCUACGGAGUUGACCGAGUCUCUUCGCCGCCACCUCCUGUGGGAGCGAUCUCAAAAGUCUUCUACCGUUAAUGCAGUUCUCAAGAGACGUCACACCUCACAAGAUGUGGCCAACCUAAGGCAAUUCCCCGAGAAGUCCUGUAUGAAGAAGACCGAAGAUGCCAAUACCAGCAGCUGGAACCAGUAUUUUGUCAAAGAAACCUUCGAUGGAUACCACUCUAAGGGCUGGUAG